AUGACUGCAACCCUUGAACGCCAGCGUGACUAUGUGUUCACCCCACCCAGUGUGGAGGAACGUCUACGUCAAGCGGCCGGCCAAACAUUGGCAACGUGGGUCAUUGGCCAUGGGCCUAAGACUCCUGAGGAGGUGGUGAGCUGCCAGGCACUUCGUGAGAAGUACCUGGAGCCGCACCUAACGACUCAAAGUCAAUACAAGGCACGCCUUGACAUGCAAGCACGUGGUGCCCCGGUUCCACCGAUGAAGGGUAUACCCAUUCUCCUGCUCGCAGGCGAGACAGCGAGCGAAGAAGACGAUGCCUUCGUUCACUGGGUGCACUAUGUGCGUCGCCUCAGCAACAUUUUUGCUCUAAGGGCUAGUGACCAUGCGGCGGAUGUGCGUCUCGAACGCAAGCUUCGGUAUGAUUAUGCCAAGCUUAAGGCCAGAGGCCAAUUGCGCAAGCGCACGCGCUAUGCUUCGGCUACUAAGGUAGCCGCGAGUGCUGGUCAGUCUGUGACCAACAACCCGCCAAACCGCACCACUAGUGGUGGGGAACGGCCUUGGUCUCGAGAUGACCAUGGCCACGAUGCUUAA